CACUUAUUUAAAUCUCCAGUUAGCACUCAGUACUGCCGCGUGUAACACAGCAGACAGACGAGCCGUUUGGUUGGGCGCAUCCUCGAGUUUCAUUAGUACAAAAUAAUUAGACAUAAAAAAAAUGACUAAAUCAAGUUCGUCUAAAUCAAAUGAUUCUGGGCAAAGCCUCGAUCUAACUGAAGUUGAUAAAAGAGUUUGUUGGCUUGUAAAGGUUCCAAAAUACGUAGCAGAUAGAUGGGACAGAGCACCUGGGAGAAUCGAGGUGGCAAAGCUCAAAAUUGCAAAACAUGACAGAAAAAAACCUGAAGUAUCACUCAAACUUUCUGAAGCUGCUUUAGCUUUAAAAGAACCUGAUGAACAAGAUAUUCCAGAGGAGCAUAAACUGGAUUAUUCCACUGUUGUACACCAAACAAUUGGAGUAUUCUCAGAAAUAGAUAAAAAAGGAAACUCAAGUUUAUGUCUGGAAGGAAAAAUUGUUACAAAAAUGGAGUGCCAUCCAAAUGGUGAUGAUAAAUACAUGCAACUCAAAAUGGAAACUAUACGCGAGGCUGCGAUUCCUGCAAGAAAAGCUAUACAAUUGGAGCAUUUUGUCCAGACUUACAAACCAGUAUCAAAUCAUAAACACAAUAUCGAGUAUGAUAAAAGGAAAAAAUCAGAAGGAAAGAAAAUGCGUGGCGAUAAAGAUACUGUUUUGAGUGUUAUAUUUAAAGCUUUUGAAAGCCAUCAGUAUUACAACAUUAAGGACUUGGUUAAAAAAACAAAUCAGCCAGUGGGGUAUUUAAAAGAAAUUUUAAAUGAAGUUUGUAACUAUAAUGUGAGAAACCCUCACAAAAAUAUGUGGGAACUCAAACCAGAAUAUAGACAUUAUAGCUAAUUGAUAUAAGUACCGAGUGUGAAUACUGUAAAAUAUGUAAAUAUGUUCAAGUAGGAAUAAAUAUGAUUUUCUAUUUUCAA